AUGUUACUUUCGUCCAUGGACCACGUGGGCUACUACGCCAUGUCCAAGGAGAACAGUUUCCUCGAGUUUGACGCGUCCCCAGGCGGGAGCGGCCACGACGGCUACGCCCUUCCACCGGACGACAUGAGUGUCGUGUCGUACAUAAGCGAAGAGACGAGUCCGAAGAACGGCACCAAGUCGUCGCUGUACAAGACGGAGCUCUGCAAGCGCUUCUCGGAGUUUGGCAACUGUCGCUAUGGAGCCAAGUGUCAAUUUGCACACGGAAUGGCGGAGCUGCGUCACGUCGUGCGCCAUCCCAAGUACAAGACGACCAAGUGCAAGUCGUACUGGGGGUCCGGCCACUGUCCUUACGGCAGCCGCUGUCGCUUUAUCCAUGAGGAGACGGAGGGCUACGCGCAGUCGCCGUACAGUCCCUUGAACCACCACCACCACCACCAUCGCAGCAGCAGCAGCAGCAGCAUGUUCCUUCAUGAGAAGGACCGUUUCUGCGGCUUAAGUGGCGGAGUCAUGGACCCACCGCAGCCGUCUGUUGAUCUUAGCUAUGGCGGUGGCCUCUAUAGUGAGCAGCCGAACCCGCAUCAGCUCCAGCAGCUCCGUUUGCAUCACCACCAGAUGAUGCCUUCCUACCCAAAGGACAACUACUCGCUUCUGGCCUCGCUGGACAAGAGUUCCUGGGGAGUGUCGGGUGUUACCCCGAUUGCAAAUCAAUACCCCGAUUAUGCUGGUGAGCACUAUACUACGAGUGCCUCGCUUGAACACCAAAGCUUGCUCGGUAGCAUCGGCUUGUCGCGUGCUCAGCAACGAGCCACUCCGGCGAGUAGCGACGCUGCAAGCAGCGCGUCGUCACCGGGCUACCCAGACCUCCAGGAUGCCAUUGACGCAUUGAUGAAGUUCUCGCUCACCCAGGACGACGAUGAGCCGAUCCCGGACCCCGUCACGUCUCCUGAGACCACUCCGGUCCAGGCUGUUCGUGGGCGUUGCCAUUCCAGCGUCUCUUCCCCCGCUCUCGCCUCCACUUCGACAGCUGCUACAACGAAGAAUGCCGAGUUUUCUCUACAGUCCGAUGAGUUAUGGAAGGACUUCCCGGCUGCGUCGUCGGCGCCUUUUACAGGCGAUGACAUGCGAACCCAGCCGUGGUCUACUGGCGUAUCGCUGAGUCUUGAUAGCAAGUCAUUUGAAGGUGUUGCGGCUGUUGCCGGCGAUGCAAAAGACGUCUCUGGAAGCAGCAGUGACGACGAGGAGAGCCCCCGCCUGAGCGUGUUCGAGCGCUUCCAUUAA